AAGGUCACUUGGACUUCUUGUGUCAGGUACGGACGCAUGCUUUUCUCUUGCGAAAUGGACGACUCACUGUACUUAUUCUGUUCGGGCUUAGUCAUUGCAGCCCUGAUUUGGCUCUUCAAUCCUUUUGGAAAACUGGAAAGCCUGAUGGGCUGUCUGUUGAACUCGCGAAGUGCGAAACUGCCCGAUGGCGUGCGCUCGUUCGACGACAUGCCGGGCCCUUGGGGAUGGCCGUUCUUUGGCGACAUAUUCAGCUACCUUAAGGACGCUGACUUCAAACAACAGAUAGCAAAGCUUAAAAGCAACUUUGCUAAGUACGGACCGAUAUAUAAGAGGACCAUUUUGGGGAGGAAUGUUGUUUUAAUACAAGACCCCAAGGAUGUGGAGACGGUGAUCAAAGCUGAUGGUAGAUGUCCGAUGCGACCGAAGCAAUCGUUAUUGAAGGCAGUAGAAGAAUACAGCAAAAGUAGAGGAAUACCCAAGGGUUUAAUAGUUCGGUAAGGUUCAAGAAUUGUGAUAUACAUGCCCUUAGUAUGUAGGUGUAAUGGGAUCAGUUCUUUACCUGCGAAAGUCAAAUGCGUGAGAUUUUCGUCUUGUCAUGACCAGAAUCUCCAAAAAUGUCCCAGCGACUUCCGAAGGUUUCCGACGAUUUUCCAAAAACUUCCGAACAUUGCCGAAAAUGUCCAAAGAGGUUCCAACGAUCUUUGAGCACUUCUGAAGUUAUUUACAAUUAAAAGAUGACAACUUUAGUGUGUUUUGAUUUCAUUAGGACACAAAGUCAUCAUUCAGCGCCUAUUUGGAACAUUUUCUUGGAAAUGAAAUUGAAUUUACAUUAUGAAUCAUGUGUAAAGAAAUAAUUUGUACAGAUUUGUGAGUCAGGCGUUUGAAAUUGUUGAUGCAUGAGAUCAAUGUUUUUAGUCCAGAGGCAUAACGUGUGAGAGUUUGCAGGUAUACAAUUUGUAACUUCAACAUCAACCCCCCCGGGCAACCCCCUUGUUAACCCCCCCCCCCCCCCGGGCAUUUGAACUUUUGAAGAAGUCCCGUUACAUCACAAGGGAGCCCUAACAAACCGUGUGGCCAUUCUAAUGUUUCAAUUUAGAGGAAAUUCCUAAUUAAUGUAUGGAAAUAUCAAAUAUCAAAAAGGUUCACAUUGCCAUAAUAUAAUGCAAUAAAUUUUUGCAUUAUUAUAAGAUCUAAGGUCUAUUUACAAGUGAUGUUUUGUAUUGCUCGUGCCAUGUUUGUUACAUUUACUUUUUUGGUUUUUUAGGGAGGGAGAAGAUUGGAACCGAAUGCGUAAGGCUCUGGCACCAAAAAUGCUGCGACCAAAAGACGUACGGGACAACAUGGACAACUUUACUGCUGUAACUAGGGAUGCUCUAGAGCACAUGGUUUCUAUAAGAGGAAUUGAUAUGGAGAUUCCAGAUCUUGACAAAGAACUUGCAAAGUGGGCAACUGAGUGUAAGUGUUUACUAUUAAGGUGACUUGACCCAGUUUUUUUGGGGGGGGUACCAUCCUACUUUGAAGCUCUCUGGUUUCCCCACCUUUACUUUUAUCGUAAGUCUAACACAUAGAAUGGAUAACAUAUAGAUCAAUCUACAAUAUAACAUAAAAUUUUUGGCGAUCGGAGUAAAUGUCACGUGGUUAUAAUGCCACGCCCCUUUGAGGUCUGAGUCGAAAAUCUGCUGUUGCCGGCAUUUUUUCGUGAAAAUCUCUUGGCUACACAUAGUGCGCAGUAGUGCCUUGCGCUGAACAGAGUUUCACCAAAAUCGCAAAGACCCAAUUCGAGAAAUUCAGCGGUUUCCAAAUUUAGGUCAUAAUUUAUGCGAAAAUGAUAGGCAAACUUUACACGGAUCAUAUCUAAUAAACUAUGAGAUUCAUCUCUGUAUUUUGGGCAUCCUUAUAACAGAUGGGUCCUUGCAAGUCAGCAAAACAAUUUAGGGCCUUGUAAAUGCGCGCGAUUUCGAGCAAAGCAAACAUAUAGAAAUUAUAGUUUUCGCAAUUUGUUGACAUUUGUCAGCGUUUGAGAGUCAAUCUCACGAAAAAAGCAUUUUCUUAAAAAUUCGUAGUUUUUUUUCCUUCAAAUUUUUUCAAGGCCACAAUUGAUUAACUAACUACCCGGACUCUGAAUUUCAUGGUCAUUGAAAAACUGUGACAUUAUCUUCUAUAAGCCCAAACUUGAGUAAACAUUGAAGAUUUUUAGAGUUUUGGCUGAGUUUGUACUUUGGGAGUUGUCUAUUGUUUCUAGUGUGUCAUGAUACAGCAUUCUUGUUCAGCACGUGUGCAAUGACCGCGCUUGGCUGACUUCCGAAUGCUCACCGGAUAUGAUAAUUUUGGUACAGUGAGACAGGCCAUCGCGAGAUACAUAGAGGUUUAACUCACAAUUUUUCGUGCUUCUUGUGCCUUUGCAAAAAAAUCAAGAAGUGCUACACACUAAAUCUACUUACUAUUAAAAAAAUACCAUUUUUUCAUAGGUUUAAUGCAAGCCAAUAAUUAAACCAACUCGUGACGGUAAUCCCUUCUAUUUUCUUAUACUAAAUUAUUAUAUCUCGGUGAGCAUUCAGAAGUCAGCCAAGCGUGGUCACUGCACGCGUGCUGAACAAGAAUGCUGUAUAAUGACAGACUAGAAACAAUAGACAACUCGCAAAGCACAAACUCAGCCAAAACGCUAAAAAUCUUCAAUGUUUACUCAAGUUUGGGCUUAUAGAAGGUAAUGUCACAGUUUUUCAAUGACCAUGAAAUUCAGAGUCUGGGUAGUUAGUUAAUCAAUUGUGGCCCUGAAAAAAUUUGAAGGAAAAAAAACUACGAAUUUUUAAGAAAAUGCUCUUUUCGUGAGAAGGACUCUUAAAUGCUGACAAACGUCAACAAAUAGCCAAAACUAUAAUUUCUAUAUGUUUGCUUUGCUCGAAAUCGCGCGCAUUUACAAGGCCCUAAAUUGUUUUGCUGACUUGCAAGGACCCAUCUGUUAUAAGGAUGCCCAAAAUACAGAGAUGAAUCUCAUAGUUUAUUAGAUAUAAUCCGUGUAAAGUUUGCCUAUCAUUUUCGCAUAAAUUAUGACCUAAAUUUGGAAACCGCUGAAUUUCUCGAAUUGGGUCUUUGCGAUUUUGGUGAAACUCUGUUUAGCGCAAGGCACUAAUGCGCACUAUGUGUAGCUGAGAGAUUUUCACGAAAAAAUGCCGGCAACAGCAGAUUUUCGACUCAGACCUCAAAGGGGCGUGGCAUUAUAACCACGUGACAUUUACUCCGAUCGCCAAAAAUUUUAUGUUAUAUUGUAGAUUGAUCUAUAUGUUAUCCAUUCUAUGUGUUAGACUUACGAUAAAAGUAAAGGUGGGGAAACCAGAGAGCUUCAAAGUAGGAUGGUACCCCCCCAAAAAAACUGGGCGAGUCACCUUAAGUACGCGACCUGUAAUAUCAGAGCCCGAGGGGUGGGGGGGGUACUCCCCAUGAUGGCCUAUACAGGAAGGUUCUGCCCGAGAGGGGUAUCUUUUUCAGGCCUCAAGUAUAUGAAAGGGUAGGGAUUUCAGUGACUUGUUGAAGUAUAUAAAAGGGUAGCAAAAUCUGUCAUUUGUGUCUGUGAAAGGUUCCAAAAGGGCUAACAGAUGCAAAGUUCUAAAGAAGGUAUGUGAAAGGGGUACCAUUUGUCAAUAAGAGGUAUACGAAAGGAGUUCCUUUUUCAUGAAAACUUGUAUAUAAAAGGGUUUGGGGUUGACCUUGGGGCAGAGCCUCCCUGCACAAACAUCCCCCAGGUAUCAGAGUUUUACGGAAAUCGAUCAGAUUUUCGUAUCAAAUAUAUCAAAUAAAUUAGCCUUGAUGAAAUAAUCCGCCAAGGAAAAUGGAACUGGCCAAUAUCCUGUCUGAAGACUAAGAAACCCAGGAAAGAGGACCUUAGGGAGUUAAAAUUUCCUUAACGAGCACCCAGCGAAGGCCCAAACUUCUCGGCUUCAUAGAACGCGCCUAGAAGCUUGCACCUCGGUCCUUGUUUAGGAAAUCGGUCAGUAGUUAUCCUAGAUCCGUGCCUGAAGUUAUAGCUCGCGCUGCACGAUUUUGGAGUUUUACGCCCCUGUCAGGAUGAAUAUUGCUUGGAGCAAAUUGAUGUUAGUCGCUCUUGGUACUUAAAAGGUUAAAGGUGGUAGUAACAGCCUUUGCUCAGCAGUCUGAUAGAGUUUUACUUAGGACCUGGUUGACCUUGACUAUUAUAGAUGUAAUGGCAAGAUCAAGAGAAAGGCUCUCAAACCAUAUCGAAACUGAAAUGAUAGGAUCUAAAAUGUUAAAAGAGUUAUGUGAAAGUAAACAUCCUAAUUACAUCUGUAUUCUGCUUUUAACAAUUUUUGUUCAUAACCCGAAUAUCCAUUAAAAAAAAUACACAAAUUCUCCAGACUGAUACAUUUCCUUAAAAAAGUAAUUGAGAGAAUUUAGUAAAAGAUCACAGCAUUUUUCCUUUGGUGAUCAAUUUAUUAAUUCUCAUAACCUUUUCUUUUGGUGAUGUAUGAAUUUAAUGUUAGGAGAGAAUUAAUGUUGGUCACUCUCGGAACUUGAAAUGAGCUCCACUCCACUCUUUUAGCCGUAGGUACCAUGGCGUUUGACGUAAGAGUUGGACUGUAUGAUGACCCACCCAACAAAGACACCGUUAAAAUGGUUCAAGCUACAUUGGAUGCGUUUGCACUCAUGGGAAAGCUGGGUCGAGGAUGGGAAAACCUGUGCUACAUGUUCUUCACGACUCCCACAUAUCGGAAAUUCUGUGAAGCUACAGAUACCUCAUUCGCCAUGAGCCAAAAGAUUGUGGACAACAAGGUUGCAGAAUUGAACAAAAUGGCUGAAGAAGGAGGGAGGUUUGAUGACAAUCAAAGUGAGUGUAACUUAAUGAAUUCUACUGUGUUCUUAUCGCCACUGGUAAGGCAUGGGUGAUGAGAGUGUGGUCGAGGUAUAUGUCCAGUGGUCCCCUCUCUCGUAGUCGGCCUCAAAUUGUUUGCAGACCGCGAGCAGUACAUAUACGUUAUUGACCAAGGGUUAUACUGCGAGCAGUCCCUCUUCAGUCAGUCGAGUCUAAGCUCAGCAGGACUGGAGAGAGCGAAAUGGCCGAGAGGGAAACUGGAGAGAGGCCUUUCCUGCCUCCCCCCAGCUUCCCCUCGGCUUCUUGUUUUUCAGUUUCGCUCGCUUUGCGCGAUUUCCUCGCUCGCGUGACCAUCCUGAGGGACUGCUCACAGUCCAACCAAGGGUGAGAUCAAGAUGCUGAUGGCUGAAUAUUGGCCAAGUUCUUUUUUACAUUUUUACUAAAAACACCAAAAAACGAGGCCAGUAUCAGCUAACUUGACCGAACAAGCUUGGUCAAAAAAAGGAUUUACUUUAUGGCCAAAAAGGGAGCUUUUUCUUGCAUGGCGGGAAAUCCCGAGCCAAGCGACUGCUCAGCGGUAGCCAAUCAGAACGAAGCAUUCGCCUCAUCCCUCCGCUUAUGAUAAGAUAUUAGCCUGCGUAGCAGGCGCUUGGAGGUAGUGGGCGAAAGAGAGAACUGGCGCGCGCGAGGGAGAUGCGUGUCUCAUGCUCGCGCGCCUGUUUUUUCUUGUGCCCACUACUUCCAAGCACCUGCUACACAGGCUAAUAAGAUAUCUUGUUGACCCACAUGAGCCCGUUCAACCGGGUGGGCACGGUUUCUGAGGAAGUUAUUGCCUCACCACUCUUUCUUUUGUAAAAUUUUUGUCUGUUAACGGACGGAGCUGUCCCCACUUCUAAACGACAGUCAACUGGAACGAAGGCCUAAGCUCUACGGCGGUGGAACCUGGGAAAAGAUGAAUAAUUAAUUAACAUAACUAGAUUUUCACUUUUCGAAGAGUUGAAGAAUAUUGAGGCGCUUCUUUCCACUGAAAAAACUUCCUGCGUGAAUUAAAUUAUGCUGACAAAUGGCACCGACGAUAACACAACUUUCAGUUUUUUUCACUUUUAAUUAAACUUUCCAAACGUCUAGUAAAAACUAUAAUAAACUGAUAGCGAAUUAAUAAUAUUUAAAAUGUAAGCUCGGAAAUACUUUACUUAGAUUUUUCAAUUGUUUUCUCAUUUGGCCGCGGUGACUGCCUUAAAGCACAAAAUAAAUGCAUAACAUUAGCAGUUAUUUUGAGUUUUACAUCAAGUCGCCCGAAGUUAUGUCGGCCGAAAUUUAUAGGAUAAUUUGUCGCCCGAGUGCUGAGUUUAUGUUUUCCGAAAAAUUUCCUUGCUCAACAACAUCCUAACCUUCUAUUACCUAUUUUUCGUGCUUCUUUCUCUAUCAAGGUUUGAAAAACGAGACACAUUAAUUUAAACCUGACGGUACAUUUAUCGCACUUUUUCGUUGUAUCCUGCCUUAAAGAUCGAGAUGCUUUAUUCCACUUAAAUUAUUUAUCUGUGUAUUGCUCAUGACUAUAAAUUUUGGGCGACAUAACUUCGGUGAGAUGAGUUUCGGGCGACGUGACUGGUUAAAUAAUUUUCAUUCAAGCUUACUUUUUUAAUUUCUCUAUUGCAGGUGUAUCUCUACUGACCUAUCUAUUGAUGAAAGGCGAACUCACCCCGGAAGAGAUUAAUAUGAAUUCAAUCGGAAUGUUCAGAGCAGGAGUCGAUACGGUAAACACGCCAAUCAUCACAGAGUUUAUUAUUAUUAUUAUCGUUAUUAUUAUUAUUAUUAUUAUUAUUAUUAUCAACAGCUAUAGAUACUUUAUUAUUGGGAUGUACAUAGAAAUUUUCAUUUUUUAGUUUAUAGACAGUUGUUUACAUUUGCUCUGUUGAAAACCACCAGACCACCAAGAAGUCUUUUUAAACUAUAGUUAUACUAAAUUUGUAUUUAAUUUUCAAUUUGAGAAGAGUUUAAUAAAGUAUGUUAAAAAAAAUAUAUUAUUAUUAUUAUUAUUAUUAUUAUUAUUAUUAUUAUUAUUAAUUUAAGAAUCAUUACAAAACUACUAAGGCCCCGUCCUCGAGUAUCAAGGUAUUUUUUCAAAUGGGGAUUUGUCUUCCGUCCACAUGUAUACGGCUCCAGCGGGCAAAUGUGACGUUAUCCCACAUCUCACUCCACUAUAGUAAAAACAGAGUGCAUUCUCUUUUUAUUAGACUCCAGCACUCAAAAAAGGCAAAUAUAGCGCGGGAGGUACUCCCUAUAAUGGCUUAUACGUGGAGGCUCUGCCUGAAAGGGGUACCUUUUUCAGGCAAAGGGUGGAGAUUUUACUUGUUAAAGUAUAUGAAAGGUUAAUAAAUUUAUUUGUUUAUUUAUUUAUCUAUUUUUCAGACAUCUAACGCAAUGCUGUGGCUUCUUUAUGAUUUGGCCAAUAAUCCCAAGGUGCAGGAGAGGGUAUAUGAAGAAGUACUCUCUCUUAUUGGUCCCCACGGUGAUUUCAACUCUGAGAAUUUUGCAAAGUUACAGUACAUUAAAGCUUGUGUGAAAGAAUCCAUGAGGUAUGUCAUCUAGUACAGUGUUCUACCUAUCUAUAUCGCGCGCAUUUGCACCAAUUUGACGAGUCUGCUGUCCCAUUCCCGCACUGCGCAUCUGUUGGACAUGACAGAUGCAAGAUCCUGCCUCGUAACUGCUUUCCAUUCGACUUAGAUGUCAAAUUGUUUUAAUGCACUUGAGAUUUCUUUAGCCACGUUUUAGCAAAUCCAGACAGAUAUAUAUUUUUAGCAGUAAUGUAGGUCUAGUUUCUCUUAAAAUUUGUUAUUUAAACGGCUCACUAGAAGAACAUUUUUAAUCAAGUGGCCCCUUGAAUAGAGCUUUUGAUUGAUUGAUUGAUCGUAAGACCGAUGUCACUCUCUAGUUGGUCAAUAAAUGUUGUUGCUGGGCUCUCCCUUGAGCGUCUGGUGUCUUAUAGGGGAUGUCGAUCGAUAUAUCGACCCGAGUAUCGGCCGAAUAUCGGUCGAGUGUCGGUCGACAUAUCGGUCGAUAUAGAUCGACAUGUCGGCUAAAUGUCGGUCGAGUGUCGGUCGAGUUUUGAUUAAUCAUCGAUCGAGUAUCUGUCGAGUAAGCGGUCGCUGUAUCGACCAAUCAUCAGUCUAUCGUCGUCGGCAGUUAACUGCGAUAGUAACGGGAGUGUGUCGGCAAUGUAUCGGUGAACCGUCGGUCGAGUAUCGGUAACGUAUCGGUGGUAUAUCGGUCGAGUAUCGGCACCGCCUGUUCAACUUUGACAGACGACCGAUAUGUUGACCGAGAGUUGACCGACAUAUUGGUUGACACCCCCGAUAAGACACAAGAUCCAGCGUCUGCGGUGUUUUGGUUCCCAAACAAGCAGUUGGGAAACAGUGGUCACUAAACUACAGCCAGCGUAUCUGGAGACGUGUAGAAAAUAGUAUAGGUCCCCGUACAGCAGUAUGGAGUGUUACAUACCAUUAUUUCUUCAAGCGUUGCAGUAUAAAACCCAACUAAUAUAUCAAAAGUCAUCGCCCCAUAAAUAUGGACGCAAAACGGGGAACUUCGAUGCCAUUUUGUUUCUUUGAUAGCCAAAAUUAUCGAUUCGAAAUUUUAAAAAUUCUUUUUGUCUUAUUCAGUAACACUUUGUGGUGCUUGGUACCUGACCCUUUAAUAUAAUCAUUUACAACUAACCUAUGCAACGUUUUGAUGCUGUGCCUGUAAAAAUCACCCCCCCCCCCUGCUCCCUGAUAAAAUUUCUUCAUAUCUCCUUAGUAACUCCACAGGAGUAUUUCUUGUAUAAGUUAAGGUACUAAGUGUUGACUUCAGCGCAUAAUUGACCUCAAACAGCAAUAUCCUCGUGACAUAACUCCAAGCUUCGGUCAAAGACGAAUAAAAUUUGCGUGCGUAUUCUCCUCAGUUUUGCCAAUUUGCUUUGUUAUAAAAUCAAGGGUAAGACGUUGUCAUGGUUAUGAUAGGGAGCUUUACCAACGACGACUGCGACGGCAGCGAAAACGUCACCCGAAGAUUUCGCGUUUUUUUUAAAGCUUUGUCGCGAUUAAUAUCUCACUCGUUUAAAAUGUCAAGUGUGGGUAAAUUCCCUGGAAGUGGAUUCUUAGGGAUCAACCCCAAGUUAAAAAGGACAUGAAAGAGAAUUUCGUCUUGCAUUUUCCACCUCCAUAAAAUGUCGCAUAAGGGAAUUUUACCUCGUAGUUUUGCAGUGACUACAGAGAAAAUCACAAAUAGUUUGUUUUGCUAAUUAAACCUUUUGCUUUUUGGAAGUUUUCGUUGGAGUCGCCGUGAAAUGAAAUGAAAACGUGUUUAACCUUUAACCCUAGACUCCACCCUAUUGCCAGUGGCUGGGCCCGUUUAUUGAACCAAGAUGUAGUUAUCUCCGGCUACAACGUUCCAGCAAAUGUAAGUAUUCUUUCUUUGUUCCUUCCCAUUUUCCAAUUUUUCUUUCUUUUUUCUCUCUCCUCUUCAUACGAUGCGAAGAUAAGAAUUUCUUGGCAACAGUAUUUCUGAGAAAAUAUUUUUGAGUGACACCUAAACAUUCAUCGAAAGGUGAGAAAAGUCUCGCGGACCAAGGUAUGUCAUUCCUUCAAAAUAUUGAUUCUCUCACCUUGCCAGAAGUCAGCCUUUUUUUUGCGUAACGAGAAAGACUCUGCUUGAAUCGAGAAAAAUCUUUGUUGAGAUUGCGUUAGAAUAAAGAUUCUUAACCACCCAGGCUUGAUAGCCGUGCAGCUGCAGCAGCAAACAAACAUAGCAGCAAAUUUCAAAGAAAUCUGCUAUUGUAUAAUCUAAACUUCUUUUAUCUCUUUUGGGCAGACUGUGAUUGUUUAUAACAAUUACCUUUCUGGACGGUCCGAAGAGUUGUUCAAGUUUCCCUUGGAAUACAGACCCGAACGUUGGCUGAAUGAAGACCUUGGGAAAAUUCAUCCCUUUGCUAGUCUUCCGUUUGGAGUCGGUCCUCGUAUGUGUAUAGGUGAGUUCAUUAUUAAUACCGAGCAGGCCCUCUAUCGAUUUUUCUAGAUAGGUCAGGAAGAGGAAGAAGAUGAUCGACUCUGCUGAGCUUCCGAGUUGCCUCAAGCCUCUGUUUCAAAGCGAGGCUAAGUGCGAAGCCAUUGAUACGAAAAAUAUUUUUUUAUCCUCAUGCAAAUAAAACUCACUUUCACAACAAAGGUCUUGCACUUAGCCUCGUCUUAAAAGUAAGAGUUUUUAGAAAUCGAAAAUGGCCUGUUUAAAUGUAACCAAGCCUCACUCAGCCUCGCUUUCAAAUUAUGCUAACGACCGCGCGACUUCCAAAAAGGUUUUGAAAUUCUCUGUCCUUGGAUGAGGGGCAAAUUAAAGAAUCCCGGGGUGUGCGCUUCAGGAUUCCCUUUAGCCCCAUGUAAGGGAAUACGGAUUCCGGAACACGGUAAAUUUUUGCUUAUCGAAUCCGAAAUCCUGGGCUUUGGAAUCCGGAAUAUAGGCUCGAUUACCAGCCGCUGGUCGGGAAAAUGAGCCCGCACUCAUCUCUCCGAAGUCUCUCUUCGGGGAAGAUCGGGAGACGGCGGAAAUCGAGCCUAUCCGGAAUACAGCUCUAGGAAUCGGGAAUCCCAAUAACGAUUGGAAUCGGAAUCGAAGUUCCAUUGAAAAAAACCUGGAGUCCAACGCGUUUCAGAAAAACGUUUCGAUUUACCGUGUUGUGCUUUGUUGUGACCUUAAGCUUGUCCUCUACGUCAGAGACUAAAUGAUAUUUAUUGCGUUUCAGGGCGCCGUAUCGCUGAAGCUGAAAUUUACCUGCUGGCCGCAAAGGUAAUGGACACCAUUACAUUGUAUCAAAAAAAUAAGUGCACAAUAAGAAGUAGCCUGAGCCACAGAUGGAACUAAUCUUAAGUUAAGUCCGUCUGCGAAAAAGCACCGAAAUCCUUGUUGUAGGACCCCACCUGUGUACUAGAAUUUGAGUACACGCCAUGAUUGGCCUGUUAAAAAUUACCACUCUGGAUUUGCUAAUAGGUUGAAAAGAAAUUCAAAACGCAUUUCCAGUAAUUCGUUGAGUUCCGGUUGGGGACCCAGAACAAGGAUGUCGGCGCUGCGUUGAAGACGUUACUAGGGAAUUUACGCAACGACGACGGCCAUGGCUACCAAAACGUCACUUAAAAGUGAAUUUGCGCUGCCUCAAACUUAAUCGCGCUUAUUCCAUCUCGUUUAAUUCGUCAAAUGUUGUCAAAUUUGUUGGAUUUGAAUUCUAAAGGACUCCAUCAAAGUUCCGGAAAGCAAAAAGAAAGUUGUCGUCUUUUGUUCCCGUCCUCGACAAAACGUGAAAUUAGGCAGUUUCACGUUGUAGUCGUGCAACGACGGCAGAGAAAUGUGCAAAAAAAGGUGAUGCACGUGCAAAGUUGUUGUUUUGCUGAUCUAAACUUAUCAGUGAUUUUUUUGCCGUUCUCGUUGCCGUCGCCGUCGUCGUUUCGUAAACUUCCUAAUAACCAGGGUUAGAUGAUGUCUGUGACGCAAGCUACCUUUACCAUUAAGAAACAUCAAAUUUUAUUUCAGUCAUAGUUUGAAACAAAAUGACGUGAAACGAAAAUUGGUCUUAAUUAUAAAUUUGCAAAGGGCGUCCCAUAUAUACCAGCAUAACCUUGACCAUUGUCAACCAUUGUCUACUAAUAAAAGCAUUUCAUAUACUGCUUUAAUUUCAGAUCGUCCAGCGAUUCAUUUUGGAAUACCAAGGAGAACCUGCAUCCAUGAAGUUUAGAUUACUGGCAGUUCCAGAUAGGACUUUGAAGAUAAAAUUUAUUGAUCGCCAAUGAUUUUCAUAAACCCAUAAUUCAACUCAUUUUCUCAUUUGUCAUGGCAAGUAACUUGCGCAUGCGUACAUUCAUAUCACCCAUGCAGUGGCCACCAUCGUCAGUACUGACCAAAUUUUGACGAUAAGGGCAAUAUGCCAUCUAUUCGUUCAGGGUAUAUUGCCCCAAUAUACAAUUGCAAUCGCUUUUAUCUAGGCAGCGGCCUGGCAGCCUAGCUGUUUUGGCGUGAGUGAACUCAUGGAAAUGGCGAAAGAGUUCACAAGCUAUCCGAAGACGAAACAGCCGUUUCGUUAAUGCAAGAAUACGUAAGAGAUCAGUAUUGCUCAAUAGAUGCCCUCGAUAUUUUGAGGAGUAUUUGCGUAACUGGCGGGAUUAGGGGGGGAGCCACGAGAAAAUUUGGAGCAAGUGAAAGAAGAAACUACCGCGCGCAUAUCAAUCUCGACAGUACAUCGGCCUAAUCCUUCACAUCAUACUCAAAUAUUCCUUGGCGAAAAUCUCGUGGUCUGAAUUGGGAAAGCUGAAAAGGUCUAUUCUUCCUAAUAAGUGAGAGCUGGCCAAAUUUGGAAGAUGUUUGCCGAUAACAUUGCCUAUAAUUGAUGUCAGUUGUACUGAUAAUCGAGAGAAAGAAUCGACAGGUGGCGAGGUCGCUUAGCUCUUUAGGCAGGAGAUCGAGGUGUCAUCCAACCGCGUCCCCAGGGGUUUCUCGGUUUUCAAAAAGCGUUAUACGGGAAAACCAGAAAACACUGGGUGCGAGGUGGAGCCGCCAAGGACCGGUCGAG